AUGGGUUCCAAGACAAUUCUAUUUCUUGGCAUUCUUUUGGCUAUUUUUGCAAUGAUAAGCUCAGACACCCCAGUGAAAUUGGAUAACAAGAAUGAUGAACGCCAUGAUGGAUAUAAUGGUAUUGGCGGAUAUUUUGGUGAUGGACAUGGCGAAUAUAAUAGUGGAUAUAAGCCUCGAGGUGGUGGAAAUAAACCUCCACAUAACGGAUACAAUCCUCCAAGUGGCGAAUACAAUCCCCCACAUGAUAAAUAUAAACCCCCUAGUGAUGAAUACAAACCUCCGGGUGGCAAAUAUAAUCCUCCACAUGACAAAUAUAAACCUCCUAGUUAUGAAUACAAACCUCCAGGUGACAAAUAUAAACCCCCACAUGACAAAUACAAACCCCCUAGUGAUGAAUACAAACCUCCAGGUGACAAAUAUAACCCCCCACAUGACAAAUAUAAACCUCCUAGUGAUGAAUACAAACCUCCUAGUGAUGAAUAUAACCCCCCACAUGAUAAAUAUAAACCCCCUAGUGACGAAUACAAACCUCCAGGUGACAAAUAUAAACCCCCACAUGACAAAUACAAACCCCCUAGUGACGAAUACAAACCUCCAGGUGACAAGUAUAACCCACAUGACAAAUAUAAACCUCCUAGUGAUGAAUACAAACCUCCAGGUGACAAAUAUAACCCCCCACAUGAUAAAUAUAAAUCCCCUAGUGACGAAUACAAACCUCCAGGUGAUAAAUAUAAACCCCCACAUGACAAAUACAAACCCCCUAGUGACGAAUACAAACCUCCAGGUGACAAGUAUAAACCCCCUGGUGACGAAUACAAAUCUCCAAGUGACAAAUAUAACUCCUCACAUGACAAAUACAAACCCCCUAGUGACAAAUACAAACCUCCAGGUGGCAAAUAUAACCCUCCACAUGACAAAUAUAAACCUCCUAGUGAUGAAUACAAAUCUCCAGGUGACAAAUAUAACCUCCCACACGAUAAAUAUAAAUCCCCUAGUGAUGAAUAUAAAUCUCCAGGUGAUAAACAUAGUCCCCCACAUGAUAAAUAUAAGCCCCCUAAUGACGAAUACAAACCUCCAAGUGGUGGAUACAACCCUCUCAUUGGUGGCCAUGAGUAA